CAUCAUUAUUAGCAUUUACUGCGCACGGUCAGAUCUUCACUGCUGGCACAAUCACACUCUCCUUUAAUUUUCAAAUGUGCCGCUGUGCGCGUCACCGUGGUGCGCCUCUCCUCCGUGUUCCGAUGAGGCAGAGCGCACUUGUCUGUGUGUUUUGUGUUGACACUAGAGGGGUAUGCGGCGAUGAUCUUGCGUGUGAAAACGUCUGCAGCGGUUUCGGAGCAGCUACGGACACAUUUCGCGUUGGACGAGAGACUAGGAGGAGGGCAAAGACGAUCGACCGGCAUCAGCAGGAGAAAAACAGCAUCGCAUAGUCCAUCGCGCCGCUGUAGCGACCGUAGCGGCCCGUCGAUUCUCAGAGGAAGCCAGGAGCUGGAUUUGACAUGUCGCAGGGAUGUGCUGAGAGCCUGAUGAUGACAGGAGGAGGAGAAGGAGAGAAGUGGAGCGAGGCUUUACUGGUCCCUGACAGGUUUUAAUUAGACCCGUACAAAAACAGCUGACGCUUUGUGGUCAGAAGGUGAUGGCAGUGCUGACUGAGCUUCACCACUACUACCACCCAUUCCUAAAAAUGGAAGCCCACCUCCAGUGCACCUGAGCCCACAUUUAGUGCUCCUUUCUUCCCCUCCCUCUCCUUCUGCCUUUCCUUGCUCAUUCUCCACCUCUUCCACAACCCCCACCUCACUUAACUGCAAUACUUCCCCUCAUCUCCUCCCAUCUCUCCACUCUGUUUCCCUAGAAUAAUGGCGUACUGUGGGCGCUCUCUGGACUCUCCAUGCACGUUAGCCUUGCUGAUAGGCUUCCAGUUUGCCUUUGUGCUCUAUUUCUCCCUUGGGGGCUUCAGAGGCCUGGUGUCUGUCCUGGUGCACACCACAGAGCCCGAGUUUGAUUACUCUCGACCACAUGAUGUAUACACCAACCUCAGUCAUCUGGGAGUACCGCCUCCCCCGCCUCGCAACUCUGGCACUGGACCCCCUGCCACUGGCCCACCACUAAGAGACUGCCAGAUCCCUUCUCCAUUGCUGGUUGGACCCGUGUCUGUCCAUCUUUCGUCUCCUCUGUCUCUGGAGGAGAUCAGACAAAGAAACCCAUUAGUGUUGCCAGGUGGACGCUACCGGCCUCCAGACUGUGAACCACGCCACCACACAGCAAUAGUGGUGCCGUACCGAAACCGCCAGAGCCACCUCCGUGCCCUCCUCUACCACCUCCACCCCUUCUUGCAGAGACAGCAGAUACACUACAGCAUCUACAUAGUGCAGCAGUGGGGAAACAGCACUUUUAAUCGAGCCAAGCUGUUAAACGUUGGGGUGCGGGAGGCACUCAGAGAUGAAGACUGGAGCUGCAUCUUCCUGCAUGAUGUUGACCUGCUGCCUGAAAACGACCACAACACCUACACCUGCCACAAACAGUUUCCCACACACCUGUCGGUGGCCAUGGAUAAGUUCCGAUACAGGUUGCCAUACUCACAGUAUUUUGGUGGGGUAUCUGCGGUGACCCCAGACCAGUACAUGAAGAUGAACGGCUUCCCUAACCAGUACUGGGGUUGGGGCGGGGAGGAUGAUGACAUUGCUGCCAGUGGGCACAAUGGAGUGCGUCUGUCUGGCAUGAAGAUUGUGCGCCCUCCAGUGGCCAUUGGCCAUUACAAGAUGAUCAAGCAUAAAGGAGACAGAGGCAAUGAGCAAAAUCCACGCAGGUUUGACCUUUUGAAAAGGACCAGGCUCAAUUGGCGCUCUGACGGCCUUAACUCUUUGACCUAUGAGCUGCUUUCCAAAGAGCUUGAGCCGCUGUACACCAACCUGACCGUCAACAUUGGAGAAGACCCCCAUCUGGCCCUGGGCAGGGCCCCCAUUCCUGUGAAAGCAACAACCCCUGCCCACCGACGUAGCACCAGCAAGACAGGAGACCCAUUCAAACAGGGAAAGAGGCAAGAAGUGCCAGCAAAUAUGACCGUGGCCAAGACAGAACCUGGUCAGUCAAAGACAGCCAAUCAAAUAACACAGCAGAAGAAGAAGAUGAAAUGAGACUAGGUGCAUAUGAACCUGUAGCUUCCCUUUUCAGUUUGAUCUGAAAGACAAAAUGGAGAAAAGCAGCAUAGAUCUGUUCUGUCGCGGGACUUUUAAGUACAGCAGCUUUUUGUGCUCGGUGUAGGUUCGGGGUAAUUAGGGGUAAUUACACCACGGCUCAAAUGAAGAAGCCAGUUUUGUCAACGGGGUGAAGAACACUUCUGAGUCACCUCGUCUUGGCUCAUCAUCUGCUAAAUGUGAUGCCGGCUGUGGUGGCUGACACGUCUGUGGCCGUGCUCAGCAGAACCAGAAGAUGAACGAUGGGCGAUUCAGUCAUGUCCACGCGGAGGUUCAAAACAAACGGUGAAAAUGAGACAGCAUAUAUAAAAACCUCUGCACACAGACUCGUCUGUU